AUGGCGAUCCUAAACACUCUCAAGACCGCCAUCGGGGCCGCGGCCCCCAAAACCGUCGAGGCGACCGUGAUCGAGGCCAUGACCUUGGCCUGGGACAAGAAGUGGCUCAUUGCCCUGUUGAUCAACAUCUGGAUCAUCUUCCUGACCAACGGCCUGAGGAUCUCCGUCCUCUACAGCCUGGUGCCCUUCGUCACCAGUGAUUUCCAAUCCCACUCCCUCCUGACCGUCAUCGGCAUCGUCUCCAGGGCCAUGACGUCCGCCGUCUACAUCCCCAUGGCCAAGCUUCUGGACAUGUGGGGUCGUGCCGAAGGCUUCCUCCUCAUGGUCGGCUCUGCGACCCUGGGAAUCAUCUUGAUGGCCAGCUCCAACAACCUCGCCAUGUUCUGUGCCGCCGAGGUCUUCUACUCGAUCGGUUUCGCCGGCAUCAUCUACGUCGUCUGCGUCCUCGCCGCCGACGCCACCUCCCUCAAGAACCGAGGCCUGGCCUUCGCCUUCACCUCCUGGCGCUGGGGCUUCGGCAGCUUCGCCAUCAUCAUCCCCGCCGUGACCCUGCCCCUCUUCUUCAUCCUCAAGCUCAACCUGCGCAAAGCGGAGCAAAAGGGCCUCUACAUCAAGGAGAAGAGCGGUCGCACGUGGAUGCAGAGCAUCAAGCACGGCAUCAUCCAAUUCGAUGCUCCCGGCGUCAUCCUCUUCGCAGGCGGCCUCACCAUCUUCCUCCUCCCCUUCACCCUCGCUCGAUCCGCGCCCAACGGCUGGAAGACCGACUACAUCAUCGCCAUGAUCGUCGUCGGCUUCUUCCUCCUCGUCGCCUUCUGCCUCUACGAAAUCUACCUCGCCCCCUCGCCCUUCCUCAAGCACGAGUUCCUCACCGACCGCACCGUCAUCGGCGCGUGCCUCAUCGACGCCACCUACCAGGUAUCCUACUACUGCUGGAACAGCUACUUUACCUCGUUCCUCCAGGUCGUCUGCAACCUCGACAUCGCCGAGGCCGGCUACGUCAACAGCACCUUCCAGGUCGUGUCCGGCGUCCUCCUCUUCAUCGUCGGCUACCUCAUCCGCCGCACCGGUCGCUUCAAGUGGCUCUUCUACGUCACCGUGCCCAUCUACACCUUUGGUCUCGGCCUCAUGAUUUACUUCCGCCGCCCCAACGUGCACAUUGGCUACAUCAUCAUGUGCGAAAUCUUCAUCUCCAUUGGCGGCAGCGUCUUCAUCCUCCUCGUUCAGCUCGCCGUCCUCGCCGCCGUCGACCACCAGCACGUCGCCGCCGUUCUGGCCUUCCUCUACGUGUCGGGAACUCUCGGUGGUGCCGUCGGCAACACCAUCUCCGGCGCCAUUUGGACCAACACCUUCCUCCCCGCCCUCCAGCGCAACCUGCCCGAGUCCGCCCUUCCCAACAUCACCACCAUCUACUCCAGCCUGCCCGCCCAGCUCGCCUACCCUGUCGGCAGCCCCGAGCGUCUGGCGAUCCAGGAAGCCUAUGGAUAUGGCCAGGCCCGCAUGCUUGCGGCGGGUGUUGCCGUCUUUACUCUCUGCUUUGGCUGGAUGUUCAUGAUCAGUAACUUGGACGUAAGCAAGAAGAAGCAGACCAAGGGUAUCGUGCUUUAA